GUUCCUGUACUAGAUAUUUUAAAGAGUAUGCUGGAAUCUAGUUUUUGGCAAGGUCUCUUAUCAGUAGAUCCUAAAGAUGUUUCAAGUUCAGAUGUUCUCAGAGACUGUUGUGAUGGUAAGGUGUUUGUGUCAAACACUUUUUUUCAAGAAAAUCCAAGUUGUUUCAAGCUUGUUCUGUACCAAGAUGCAUUUGAAGUAGUGAACCCACUUGGUUCUGCAAAAAAGAAGCACAAGGUUUUGGCUGUGUACUUCUCUCUACUCAACAUUUCCCCUCAUGCUCGGUCAAAUGUUGAUCAUAUGCAGCUAGUUUUACUGUGUAGAGAGAAAGACUUCAAGGAUUUUGGCCAUGACAAAGUCUUUUCAGAACUCCUGACUGAUUUGAAGAUAUUAGAGGAGAAUGGGAUAAUGAUGGCAGACAAAACUGUUGUGAAGGGAGCUCUUUACUGCAUUGCUGGAGACAACCUGGGCUCUCAUUGUAUUGGGGGUUUUACGGAAAAUUUCAGUUCAUCAGUGUACUUAUGCAGAUAUUGUCUCUUAACGCGAACUGAUUUUCAGGGUGCUGAUCCAGCAGUUUGUGGACCUCAGCGGACUCCAGAAAACUACAGAUCUGCCACUGAACAUCUUGAAAGAGAAGACGUUUCAGAAGUACAUGGGGUAAAGUUCAGG